AUGCUCGGCAACACCGUCUGGUCCAUCCUCGCCCUGGCCUUUAUUUCCAUCACGCCGCUCGUGUUAUCGUAUGCGCUGCACAACCUCGUGGCCUUGCUGUUGCUGGCAGUGACGACGAUAGUGUGGCUGGGCGGCUCCAUAGCCAUUGCGUCGAUACUUCGCGAUCUUUUUGAGAAUCGCAAGAGCAUAUACGCCAUAUCGCAGCCCAUUGUUGCAUUCAGCUUCUUCAUCUGGGCGACGUUUGCCGCUCUCAUGUCGCUAGAGGUGGUCGGCUUGUUGAAAGGGGCGUACAGAAAUGGCGAGCAGGAGAUGAUGGACUUAGGGGAAUUCGACGAGAGCGAAAUUAGAAACGCGCUUCGAUGA